UCGUCCUUCUAGAGUCAUUAACCCACUCCUUAGAAAAAUUAUCUGAGAAGACAAACAUUCUUUGAAAAUUAUUGCGAACUAUGGCGGUUACAAUACGUGUGGGUAUAGCCGUAUAUUUCUGUGUGCGUGUACAUCAUGCGUAUGUGUACGUGCAUGCAUGUGCAUAUAUAUGUAUGUGUGUGUGCAUGUGCGUGUGCAUGUCUAUUGUUCCAGAGUGAAGGUGCGCGGACACAACAUCAUAUUUAACGUGCCAGACAACAUUCCAGACUGGGUUCUGCUGCUCCGUGGACAGGAACUGAGAGACGAGUUGCAAACACGUACAGUACAUGUGUAAUAUUACUCUCGGCAAGCUGGACCACUGGGAUGUCAUGAAUGAAGAUACACAUGGUCUGUACUACCAACAGAUGCUUCAGGACCGAAACUUCACGAAGAACCUGUUCCGACAGAUGAAAAACUGUGACAACGUCACCAAACUAUAUUUUAAUGAUUACCAAGCCGUGGACAUCGGAGGAUCCACAGAGGAAUAUUAUCAGAUAAUAAAAGCAUACCUUGCUGAAGGCGUCCCUGUCGAAGGAUUAGGAACGGAGGGCCACGUUCAAACCAAUACUGCCACUGAUCCAACACUAAUUUGGAGAAGACUCGACCGUCUGGGAACGCUGGGAACAGAAAUCUUUGCGACGGAGUUCGACGUAGAAUGGCCGGAGUACGUGCAGCGCGCUGAUUGGAUAGAAGACGGCAUCCGUGCAAUGUUCAGUCAUCCCGCCAUGAAAGGUAUCAUCUACUGGAGUUUCUGGGACCAGGACACGGGAAAUGUUAACAGGGAGCUCAUUCAGGGAACCAACUUGACGAUCAUCGAGCCUGGACAGAGGUAUUUCUGUUUGUUUAAGAAAGAAUGGACAACAAAUGUUGUAAAAAACCUUGGCAGCGAUCUGAAAGUUGACUUGCGCGGUUUCCAAGGCGACUACGAAGUGACCAUAAGAAAGUCAGGAAUACCUGUGCAAGUGGAGCGUUUUAGUCUGGGUACAAGCAACCUCUCGGUCAACAUCAAGAUCACCGACAAGACAACGGCGAUAAAUACGGCGGUGGAGAAUGACUACGUACCCAGGUGUGUCAGCCAUCGUGGCCAGAAGUCUCUGGGGCUGCAGUCCACGUCAUCCACAAACAUGCAGCUCACCUGCGUCAAUGUCGAGUCCACUCCCUCUGGUGGCAACGAAGAUGACGUGGCAUCGGUCACCUGCGGAACGGACCGCGUCAUGACAGGCUGCACGAGCUACCAGAACGGUCAGCUCUGGACGAGAAAAGGAGAACAGAUUGUCAUUGAGAAUGGCGUGGCCAUGUGCAAGGCGUACAACGGUAGAAACUCCGAACAAGGUGUGACAGCAGCUGCGCGGUGCUGUAAAGUGAAUGGCCUCACCUGUGACUAUCGGAUAGCAGGUCCAUCCUCACCUUUUGACGGCGCCCAGGCCGAGGCCAUAUGCCCAACAAAUACUCAGGCUUUAGGCUGCUCCAGUUACAGUCGUUACCCAGAUAUGGAUGGGGUAUAUACUAACGUCACAAUAAACAGCUGCGUGUCACAGAGUGGAAGCCCUGUCUCCAGUAAUCCAGGUGAACGUUCAGGUUCUAGUGUUGUUGCUGCCUGUUGCUCUUCUCCUGACCUUUCAUGUACACGUGUUUCGUCACUUCCGACAACUCUUAGUGCUGGAGAUUACCAAACAGUGACCUGCCCUUCCAGUACUACCAUGGUGUCGUGCAGUUACUUCGCUCCAGAUGGCAGGUCGGGAGGAGCCAGAAUCUCUGAUUCUAAUGGUGUCGAUGAAUGCAUAGUGUACAUGGGAGACAGCUUGUCUUCAGGUUCGCGUGGGGUUACAGCCACUGCCACCUGCUGUAUGUAAACCAACCUACGUGGCGCUGACUGGUGGUCACUGUCAAAUCUACAGAUACUUGUUUUAGAAUGUGAUAAACAGAGAAAUAAACUCAGGAAACACAAUCUUUAUCUUUCUUUCUUUAGACAUGUGAGUGGUGAAGUCACGGUGUGAUGCCGACAGUGAGACGAUCACAAUGAUAAUGUCGCUACCUGACGAUUUCU